AUGCUGGGCCGACUGUUUUGCUUCAGCGGCGGCAGAGAUGCCGAAUGGGCGGCGCACGGGCAGUAUGGACACCUGGCCAGCUCCUCCGCCCGGUCGCGCGUGCUGGAGGUGGUGGAGGAGGAGCUGGAGGAGCGGUAUGCCGUGCUGGGCGCCCCGCCGCCCGCCCGCGCCAGCCAGGAGGCCACCUACCUCCGCCGCCUCUACAAGGCCAACCUGCCCUCUGCGGAGCUGAACCUGUGCAAAGAGCUGCUGUGCAAGGUGGCGGCCAUCGACCACGCACGAGAGGCGGCAGAGGCGGACCACCAGCAGCUGCAGGCGCAGCUCAAGGCGGCGGAGGCGUCACAUCGCCAGGCGGAGUUUGCCCGGGCGCGGGCCGAGGCGAUUGCCACCGCCAGGGGCGAGGCCCUGAUGCACGCUCAGCAGGCCACCCGGGAGGCAGAGAUGGCCAACCUGCAGCUGGCCGAGAUGCUGAAGCAGGCGCUGCCUCAGCUGGGCAUCGACAUCUCGCCCCUGCUGGGCACCGCCACAGCAGAGGCGUCGCCGCUGAUGCUGCCGCCUGCUGGCGGCGACACCGUGACGCCCCCGCCCCACCAGAGCAGCAUGUUUUCGCAGCAGCAGCUGGCGGCAGUGGCAGCCAGCAUCAGCAGGCUGCCGCGGCAGUCGCAGGCUGGCCCGCUGGUGCAUGCGCCCCAGCAGCCGCAGGAGCAGCGUCGGCGAACAAGCGAGGGCGGGCAUGCCAGGUCGCGCGAGAGCGGCGUGGAGGCUGAGCGGCAGCGGGAGCAGCUGGCCUGGAGGCAGCAGGAUCAGGAGCAGCAGGCGCAGCUGGUGCGGGAUGCUCAGCGGCAUGAGCGGCGGCGCAGCCAGCAGGAAGCGCGCGAGAGCGGGCGGGGGCAAGCAGCGGAGGCGCGGCGCCAGGAGUGCCAGCCGCAGGUGGCUGCCGAGGGGCAGCAGGGCCCGCGCCUGUCGGGCUUCACCGUGUACACCAACGGCCUGCAGUCGCCAGAGUUUGGUGGGGCUGAUGAGGGCGAGGUGGCCCACUCCCCACCCCCCAAGCAGCCCGCGCCGCAGUCCCCAUCCUCCUCCAGCGGCGGCCUCGACUCGCAAGGCAGCGGCGUGGCCUGGCGCAGCAUCAGCUCGGCCGCCCUCUCCAGCCGGUCUGAGGGGUCGGCGGGCGAGGAGCAUGCAGCCCAGCUGGGGCAGAAGGAGCGGGUGCAGCGCCAUUCGGCGGCACGCCGGCAGUCGCAGGGCAGCGGCGCCGGCAGCCGGGGCAGCCCCCAUCAGCACCGCCGCCAGCGCGGCUCUACUGGCUUGCUGGAGGCGGGCGCCCCGCCGCCUGCCGGCCCCGACGACUGGGUGCAGCACGGCGGCAGCCACAAGCUGCAGCAGCGCGCGCAACACCUGCCCAAGCUGGUGCUGCCGGGGCUGGAUGCCUCCCAGCUGGACAGCCUGGUUCGGAUCGGUGCCAGCAUGCAAUCCCCAGACCCCUACGCCGCCCAUGCUGCGGCACCGGCCGAGGCGUUGCAGCAGAUGCUGCCGCCGGGCUGGGAGCAGGCUGCGGCGGGGCAGUGGGACAGCAGCGCCAACCCGUUGCAGAGCAACGGCGACGCGGAGCGGCUGCUUUCGGAGCUGCAGGCGGAGGAUCGGCGGCAUCAGGGUGUGCAGCCCAUCCGCGGCGGCCACAGGAGCUGCGGCGGCAGCAGCCGGGCCAGCCAUGAGGGCGCGCUGCCCGGCCCAUCUGCCGAGCAGGCGGCGGGCGGGGCUGGGGCGGGUGCAGGGCUGCACCAGCUGUAUGCCGAUGCCGGCAAGUUCCCGGGGGCAGGCACCUGGGUCAGCCCCUCGCUCGCCGCCAUGAUUGCGCACAAGAAGGGUCACAACCCGUUCCUGGACGGCGGCGAGCCCUCGCCUCCCUCCCACAUCAAGGCGGUGUUUGGCACCACAGAGGACCGCGAGUUUUACGGGCCCAUGGCGGCCCACCUCAACAGGCGCGAGCAGCCAGCCGAGGCAGGGCAGGCCCAGGCCGCGCGGGCCUCCCGCCUGCGGCCCUCCGGUGCUACUGUUGAGAGCGUGCACGGCCCGCAGCGCCAGGGCCCCAGCAACCCCAGCAGCAGGGAUGGCUCUGCAGAGUGGGAGCGCCGGCAGCAGCAGCAGCAGGCGGCGCCACCUGCUCUCAGCCGGGCAGCUUUGCAGCAGAGUGCCGCCAGCUCUGCUGUUGGGCCAGGGUUCCGGGAUGGCGCCCCCCAGCAGCACCAGCCGCCAGACGAGCGCCGCCAGGCUGCCCUGUGCAACCGGUUCCAGCCCAUGGGCAUGUGCGCGCAGCAGUCGGCGGCAGCGCCACCCUCGUACCAGCAGCCGGCGCAGGCGCAGUAUCCGGCGCCGCGCCGCAGCAGCAUCGCGGUCAGCCAGCUGGGCGGCGGCGUGGCGCGGCGCAGCAGCGCCUCGGCCGACGAGAACCUGGCAGGGGUGGGGGUGAGCAGGGCGUCGGUGCGGGACUCAGGCCUGCCGCCCCGCCACCAUCACCAGCAGGCGGGCCAGGCCCAGGCCCAGCCGCCCACCAAGCGCAGCCUGGACUCGAUGAGGGCCAGCAUCGGCGGCAGCGCUGCGGCUGCCGACUUCCACACCAGCAUCCACGCGGUCGAGGCGGCCAUGGCGGCGCUGAGGGAUGCAAACCCGCACCUCCGCGACCCCGCAGGGCCCCAGCAGCAGCAGCCGCGGCAGCCGGGCGCCCCGUCCUCACGUGGCGGUGCCGGCAGAAGCGGUGGCGGCGCGGCCGCCAGCCUGCCUCGCCCGGCGGAGGCGCCGGCACGGCACGCCCGCACCCGCAGCCUGCCCGACACCUCUGACCUGGACCUGCCGCUGCAUGCCCUUGGCAGCAGCGCCGAGCAGCAGCGCAGGGAGCAGUGA